AUGGGAAUCACUUUGAACGGCCUAACCAUGGGAGUUUUCGCUAGGAACCCGAAAAUGAUCAACGUCAACACGUUUUUCAUAAUAGCGAUCAUCGUCAACGGCUUUAUGAGCUCCGCUUUAGCCUUUAUUCCCGUAAUCAUAGCGGAGUUUUCCGGACAUUGGUUAGUGCACUUGUCAGAAGCAUCGUGUAUAUCCGAAGCGUUCAUUGCCUAUUACUUCGGAAUAUCCUCCAUGUUCUAUCACGUAUGCAUCACUUAUAUCCGCUACCUGGCUAUAGUGGCUGUGCCAGUCAUUAAUGCACAUGUCGAAAAAUGGCGGGUCGCUCUAGCGUUCGCAGUGUGUCAGCUCAUCUCCUUGCUUCUCGCGGUCUCGCCGCUACUCGGGCUCGGGUCAUACGGGCUAGAGGCCCACGGGACUAGCUGCGGGCUCGCCUGGAAUGACCGGAGUCGCACCGGCCUGGGCUAUUUGAUGCUCAUCGGAAUCGUGUGCUUCGUAACACCCAUGACUUUCAUGGGCGUCUGCUAUGUAAGGAUAAUCAAAACGCCAUCACGUGCGAUUUCAUCAACCGCGCACAGUCACGUCAACGACAAAUUCUACUUGGAGGCGUUGCAGGUGCGGGAUGAAAUCACAGCCGCAGUGACCGCGAAUGGGGACCAACCUCAUAAGAUCCUGGCUGACAAGCUAGUACAAGGCAUGGAAGUUGCACCAAGUUGGCAGAAUUUGGUGUAUUACGACCUUACAGCUGACAUAAAUCAAGCUGUCGUCAUAAAAUAG